CUGGACAGGUAUGAAUGAAGCGAGGAGAGAAAUCAAAGUGAAAAGAGUUUCCUCAAGAAAAAGGUCCAGAGACAGCUGGAAGACUCAGCUGACUCCUGCCAGAAAGGGAGGAGGAGAGGAGCUAUGUCCCAGGAACUGGAAGCUCAGCAGCAUCAUGGCUGAUAUAAAAGCUGUUGAGUACUGCAGUGACAGUGAGGACUUAUUUGGGGACUAUGACAGUAUCUUGGAGGACAGUUCUUUCUUAGCAAAGCUGGACGAUGCAGAGCAGAGCGAGCGUCAGCGUGAUCUUCAGACCCAUGCUGUGGAUCAGCAGCAGGACUUCACAAGUCUGCGUCCGUCAAAACCGUCCAGCGAGGACGUCCUCACCGACUCCAUCCUGGACGGGCUCGGAGACGAAUCCUUCGAGGACUUACCGGUCAGCCAGCUGGAAUUUCAAGAACGAGUUAAUGAGAAGGCGAAGAAGAGCCGCCUGCAGGAUGGAGAUAAAACCUCCACACCUUUUAGAAGCUCAGACGCAAAGAGACGCACGGAGGAUCAAACCAAGAGACACACGGAGGAUCAAACCAAGAGACACACGGAGGAUCAAACCAAGAGACACACGGAGGAUCAAACCAAGAGACAGACGAAGGCGAGGAGGAGCGUGGCCGACCAACUGAAGAGGACGAUGCUCUGCAACGCCGCCGUUCCCUCCGAGCUCUCUCGCUCCGUGGUGCUGAAAGAAGCGGUGGUUUCUGAGGAGAUCAGCGUCGCCAUGCUGGCCAUGGAGACCGUGUCUGCUCAGACCACCGACCUCGGACCGUUCUUUGGACUUCCCACCAAAGUCAGAGACCUGAUCUACAACCUGAGAGGAAUCAAGAGCCUUUAUGAUUGGCAGGAGACGUGUCUGAACCUGGACUGCGUUCAUCAGAGGAAGAAUCUGAUCUACUCGCUUCCCACCAGCGGAGGGAAGACGCUGGUGGCAGAGAUCCUCAUCCUCAGAGAGCUGCUGUGCAGGAAGAAGGACUGUCUGUUCAUUCUGCCGUACAUAUCUCUGGUGCAAGAGAAGGUUCGUGGGUUAGCGAGCUUUGGCCUGGAGCUGGACUUCAUGGUGGAGGAGUACGCUGGCAGCAAGGGGAAGUUUCCUCCGAUGAAGAGGAGGAAGCAGAGGUCUCUUUACAUCGCUACAAUAGAAAAAGCUCACAGCCUCGUCAACUCUCUGAUUGAGAGCGACCGGCUGGACCACCUCGGGCUGGUGGUGGUGGAUGAGCUUCACAUGCUGGGAGACGGCAGCAGAGGGGCGGUGAUAGAAAUGACUCUAGCUAAAGUUCUAUACGUGAGCAAAAUGACUCAGAUUAUUGGGAUGAGCGCCACUCUGGGAAACAUCAAAGACCUGCAGACGUUCAUGAAAGCUGAAAACUACACGAAUGACUUCAGACCUGUUCAGCUGAAAGAAUACGUUAAACUGAAUGACACCAUCUAUGAAGUGGACCCAAAAGAAGAGGACUGCUUCAGAUUAUCACGUCACCUCAACUUUAAGUACUCCAGCUCCAUGCAGAAGAUCGAUCCGGAUCACAUCAUCGCUCUGGUGACCGAAGUCAUCCCGACUCAUUCCUGUCUCGUCUUCUGUCCCACGAAGAAAAACUGUGAGAACGUCGCAGCGAUGAUCUGCAAAUACCUGAAAGAGGACUUCCUGCGGCACCGGGAGAAGGAGAAGUCCGUCCUCCUCAGAGAUCUGAAGGACAGCGGGAACGGCUCGGUGUGUCCGGUGCUGCGGAGGACCGUCCCGUUCGGUUUGGCGUAUCAUCACAGCGGUCUGACCAGCGAGGAGAGGAAGCUGGUGGAGGAGGCGUACUCUAACGGAGUGCUGUGUCUCCUCACCUGCACCUCCACGCUGGCUGCAGGCAUCAACCUUCCUGCUCGCAGAGUGAUCCUGCGCUCGCCGUACGUGGCCACCGACUUCCUGAAGAGGAGCCAGUACAAACAGAUGGUGGGACGAGCCGGGAGAGCGGGCAUCGACACGGAGGGAGAGAGCAUCCUCAUCCUGCAGGACAGAGACAGGAACAUGGCUAAGAAUCUUGUUUGUGCUCCGAUGGAGAACUGUUACAGCAACCUGAUGCACGACGAUGGAAAAGGCGUCCUGAGUCUCAUCCUGUCGCUCAUCGGACUGAAUAUCACUCGGUCUGUGGCUCAGAUUUGGGACUUCCUGUGCGGGACGCUGCUGUACGUCCAGCAGCAGCAGCUGUGUGAGGAGAAGAGUCUGCAGGACGUCGUUCGGCAGUGUGUCGACUUCCUGAAAGAGAAAAACCUCGUCACCGCCUCUGCAGACACACACGGGGAAAGUCUGCAGGUCACCAAGCUGGGAAGAGCUACGUUUAAAGGCUCGGUGGAUCUGACUCGCAGUGACGAGCUCUACUCAGACCUCUCUAAAGGUUUGGAGGGUCUGCUGCUCAACAGUUACCUCCAUCUGGUCUACCUGGUGACACCGUAUGACAUGAUCUCACAGUGCAAACCUGACUGGAUGAUUUACUUCAGACAGUUCACGCUGCUUUCCGCUGCAGAGCAGAAGAUGUCCGCCACCGUCGGAGUGCCUGAAAGUUUUGUAGCUAGAAAAGCUGCAGGUCAGACUGUGAAGAAGAGUGUGAACAUGGUGGUGGUGAGCAGGAUGUAUUUGGCUCUCGUGCUGUUCUCUCUGCUGAAGGAGACGAGCUUGUGGAGUGUCUCCGACAAGUUUCAGCUGAGUCGAGGUUUCAUUCAGACGCUGCUCAGCUCCUCGUCGGCCUUCUGCUCCUGCGUGCUGCACUUCACUGAGGAGCUGGAGGAGUUCUGGCCGUUCAGAGCUCUGCUGACUGAGCUGACGCGGAGGCUGAGCUACUGUGUGCAGGCGGAGCUGAUCCCUCUGAUGGAGGUAGUCGGAGUCAUGGAGUCGAGAGCGAAGCAGCUGUAUAACGCCGGCUAUAAGACUCUGACUCACCUGGCCAACGCCGACCCAGCAGUUCUCUCCAAGACGAUAGAAAACCUCUACAAGAAACAAGCCAACCUGAUCGUGGCCUCGGCUAAAAUGCUGCUGAAUGAAAAGGCGGCGGCGCUGCAGGAGGAAGUGGAUGAGCUGCUGAUGAUGCCCGUAGACUUCCCCUCAGCUUCACACACACUCUUCACCUGA